AGCUCAGUAAGGUGUUCUAACAUAAAAUAUUACUUUAGUCGAUUCUCCGUGAGGUGACAUUUGUGUAUGUGUUACGAGCCCUUGUGUGCAAAACGUAUACAGGGUGUCGUCAAAGAAUUGUGUGGUAGAAAUAAAAAAAAUGACAUUAAUUUUUAUUAUUUACAGAAUGUAGCGCUAAUGGUAUGUUAAGCCAUGUUACAUUGUGUUACAGAUGUUACAUUACGGUACGUUAAUGUGAUUUUAUAUUAGUUUACAGCUUUUCAUGCAAAUAUGAUGAAUAAGCGUGGAAAUGUUAGUUUGAUUUAACAGAUAAGCGCGAAGUGUUCACAUGUGUAACAGUUUAUUCAUCAACAUCAAUAAAGGUGUCUUACUAACGCUAUACUUACAUUUACUGAAGGCCGUUUUUAAUGACCGUAUUGACAAUAUGUGGGAAUUUGGGCAAUGACAUAAAUUUGUUGUUUAAUAAUCUAAUUUUCACACGAAGGGCUUACGCAAAUUUCGUUUCCGAAAUUGGUAAAUAAAUAGCGUGUUACCUACGUGUUUAGACCAUAUUUAUGAACAUGUGCGUCUUAAUUGUUUUACUUGGUACUGCGUUGUUCGCCACCAUUGAACCAGCUCAAUUACCAAGCUACAUUCCAAGGUGUUACCAGAACGACCGGAACAUAAACGAGUGCUUCAUAAGUGCCGCCAACAGUCUAAACGAGAACGUCAGAAGUGGGAUACCGGAACUCGGUUUGCGUCCGUUAGACCCGUUCGUUGCUCCCGACCUCAACAUAACACUCGAAUCCCCCAUCACUGAUCUGUUUGUCGCUACGCAACGAUUUACCUUUCACCGGUUUUACAAUUACCGAUUUACUUCUGCGGACAUUCGACCGAAAGAUGGCGCGGUAAGUGGCAGUGUAACCUUCCCCGAUUUAGGUGCAUCGGUAGACUACAUACUCCAGGGACAUCUCAUUAAUCUUCCAAUAGGCGGAGCUGGCGUUGCAAAAUUUAAGUUUGCAGCCAUCAAUUGCGAUUUUCUAAUCGACAAUUGGCUCGAGAAAGCGACUUGUGGCGAAAUCAAGUUGGAAUUAACGUGCAAAAUCGAAGACGUAGAGAUGAACUUUACCGGAUUAAGUAACGAAGAGAUGAUGAAUAGACUUUUGAAUCUGAGCUCCAAGCUGGUCGCAUCCGAAGUUUCCCCUGCGUACUCAAACAUUUUUAAGGCACUUUUGAGGCCGUUCCUGAAACGCUUGUGCAAAAAAUAUCCGCUGGGCGAAUUAUUUCCGCCGUCUUCCUAGUGUGACUAUUAAUAAAAUGUCUGCAAUUGUAGUAAAUGUUAGGUACGUGAUAUUUCUUACGGUAUUUUAAUAAAUAAAAUGAAAAGUUGCGGGAGUGUAA